AUGUCAGACGGAAAACUCGAGAAACCCGAAAUAGACUAUACCCCGGUCUGCGAUGUAAAAUUGCCAGAAACCGAAUUAUUAGCCCAGCAAGGGAAAUUGGCCCAAGCAUUGGAUCAAUUAUUGGCACUUGAAAAGCAGACACGUCAGGCAUCGGAUUUAGCCUCUUCUACUCGUGUGUUAGUUCAUAUAGUUAAAUUAUGUCACCAAUCGGGAGACUGGAAAUUGCUAAAUGAAUACGUGAUUUUACUUUCAAAGAAACAUGGUCAAUUGAAACAAGCUAUUACAAAGAUGGUUCAGGAAACCAUGACUUACAUUGAAAACACCCCAAAUCUUGAAACAAAACUUGAAUUGAUUGAUACUUUACGCACAGUUACCGAAGGAAAAAUAUAUGUUGAGGUUGAAAGGGCGCGUUUAACACGCAUGUUAUCCAGGAUUAGAGAAGACGAAGGCAAAAUUAAUGAAGCCGCUGAUGUUUUGCAAGAAUUGCAGGUGGAAACCUUCGGAUCAAUGGAAAAAAGAGAAAAAACGGAUUUUAUUCUUGAACAAAUGCGCUUAACUCUUGCUAAGAAGGAUUAUACACGAAUGCAAAUCAUUAGCAGGAAAAUUAAUACAAAAUUUUUUGCCGAGACAGAACAACAGGAUUUGAAACUUCGUUAUUAUGAAUUGAUGAUUCAACACGCUUUGCAUGAAGAACAAUACUUAAAUGUUUGCAAGUAUUAUCGUCAUGUUUAUGAUACACCACUUGUUAAGGAAGAUGAAAUGAAGUGGAAAGGAAUUUUAGAAAAUGUUAUUUAUUUCAUCGCGCUUUCACCUUAUGACAAUGAACAACACGAUUUGCUGCAUCGUAUAUAUGAAGAUCCUAACCUUAUUAAACUUCCGUUACAUCAUCAACUUGCAAAGAAUUUUGUAACUCCUGAGCUCAUGCGAUGGCCGAUCAUUCAACAAGUAUUCGGGGAUAUGUUAAGAAAAACACCCGUUUUUUUAAUUGGCGACGAAGCUGGAGAAAAACGUUGGGGAGAAUUACAUAAUCGCGUGAUUGAACAUAAUAUUAGGGUCUUGGCUAAAUACUAUGUCAGGAUCAGAAUGAGCAGAAUGACAUCGUUAUUGGAUCUCACCGAACAGCAAGCAGAAGAUUUCCUUGCGAAACUUGUAGAAUCGAAAACUAUUUAUGCUAAGAUAGAUAGACCAGCUGGAAUUAUAUCUUUUGCGGCUCCUAAAAACGCCAAUCAAGUAUUAAAUGACUGGUCAAACAAUAUUAAUUCCUUAUUGGGACUUAUAGAAAAGACGUGUCAUUUGAUUACGAAAGAAGAAAUGCUGCAUAGUAUUGCUCGAGUGAAAUAA